UAAAUGUUUCUAUUUCUUCGUCCCCCUUCGCCGUUCACAUCCGUUCGCUUCCUCGAAUCGAGCUCGCUCGAAUCAGGAGACCACACCGAGCCCUUUCUUUCCCUCGAAUCCAAUCCUCCGAUCCCCACCCCCUUCCCGGAGUGCGAUCAAAAUCGAUCCUCUUGGCCCCUCUCGCGGCGAAUCCGACGAUUCGAGAGGCGUUAGAGAGGCGAGGAGCGUAGAGGUACGGCCUUGGCCGGUGUUCUGGGGUGGGAGAUGGGCGGGGUGACGUCGACGAUGGCGGCGAAGUUCGCAUUCUUUCCGCCGAGCCCGCCGUCGUACGGGGUGACGGCGGCGACGGAGGGGCGGCUGGAGAUGACGGACGUGCCGCCACGGGAGAAUGUGGAGGCCUGGCGGCUGCCAACGAGGCGGGGGACGGAGAUCGUCGCCAUGUACGUGAAGAACCCCGCGGCGAGCCUCACCUUGCUCUACUCCCACGGCAACGCUGCGGACCUCGGGCAGAUGUAUGAGCUCUUCUGGCAACUCAGCAAGCACCUUUGCGUCAACCUGAUGGGGUAUGAUUAUUCUGGAUAUGGCCAGUCUUCUGGAAAGCCGAGCGAGCAAAAUACUUAUGCAGAUAUAGAAGCUGCUUAUAAGUGUCUUGAAGUAGCUUAUGGUACCCAUGCAGAAGACAUUAUCCUUUAUGGACAAUCAGUUGGUAGUGGGCCUACUUUGGAACUAGCUGCUCGUUUACCUAAUCUGAGAGCAGCUGUUCUCCACAGUCCCAUUUUGUCUGGUCUCCGUGUCAUGUAUCCUGUAAAACAUACAUACUGGUUUGACAUAUAUAAGAAUAUUGACAAAAUUCCUUUGGUCCAAUGUCCAGUGUUGGUAAUACAUGGAAUGGUUGAUGAUGUUGUGGAUUGGUCCCAUGGAAAGCAGCUGUGGGAGCUGUCCAAAGUGAAGUAUGAGCCUCUAUGGGUCAAGGCAGGCAAUCACUGUAAUUUGGAAUUGUUUCCAGAGUACAUAAGGCAUCUUAAGAAGUUUAUAUCAGCCAUAGAGAAGGCACCCCCACCUAGAACUGCAUCUACUGAAAGCUCAGUUCCACAAGAUCCUCCUAGUAUGAGCUCUGAUCAUUUGGACCACCAAAGAAGCAUGGAUAAGAUGGAAAACCCAAGAUCAAGUACUGAUCAUAGGGAGAAGGGUGGGAAUAGUACGGACAGGAGAGAGAAGCCAAGAUUAAGCACAGACAAGAAAGAAAAAUCAAGAAAGAGCUUUGAUAUCUCAGACAAAGCGAGAAAUAGUAUGGACCAGCAAGAGAAACCACGAAAGAGCUUUGAACGACUUGGAGGGAUGAUAAAAUCGGUCAGCUUGUGCAAUAUUGACUGUUUCAAAGGCCCUGCCUCUCAGUCCGAGGAGUGCAAAGGUCAGUGCUAGCAUUGGGUUGCUUGCGUAAGGAUGUAGUGAUUGUUUUAAUUGUAUGGAGUGUUCUGGUGUUGGAACCAUAUCUCUGUGUUUAGUUGAGAGGAGGUAAUUCUUCAGUUGUUUUUGCCACUUUGUCUCUCAUAAAGGCAAAUUUCUUGUGCAGUCCAGUGGAAUUAAAAUAUAAGCGAUGGUUUUCAAAGCAGUGUUUUGCA